ACCGGCUCUUGAGUCCUUAUUUGCAUAUUGGGCCUAUAAAUAGAAGGAAUCGCUUUCUCUCUGUUUUUUGCGAGCCUUGUUCUUGAGAGAAUGCCUGAACCUUCCAAAUCCGCUCCAGCACCCAAAAAAGGGUCAAAAAAAGCUGUCACUAAGGCACAGAAAAAAGAUGGGAAAAAACGUAAGCGUAGCCGUAAGGAAAGUUAUUCUAUCUAUGUGUACAAAGUGUUGAAACAGGUUCAUCCUGAUACUGGUAUUUCUUCUAAGGCUAUGGGCAUCAUGAACUCUUUCGUUAACGACAUCUUCGAGCGCAUUGCCGGCGAGGCGUCCCGCUUGGCGCAUUAUAACAAGCGCUCCACCAUAACUUCCCGGGAGAUCCAGACUGCUGUGCGCCUCUUGCUGCCCGGGGAGCUAGCCAAGCAUGCCGUGUCUGAGGGCACUAAGGCGGUCACCAAAUACACUAGCUCCAAAUAGACGGGCUCUUUCAACCGAACCCAAAGGCUCUUUUAAGAGCCACCUUCGUUUUCACAGAAUUGCUGUAAUAUUUAAGUUGCAUGUGGUGUGUAAUCAAGCUUGGUAUUCAUAUUAAAUUAAUCCAGUACAAGUUUUGUCCCCUUCCCCAAAGGAAAUAGGCCACACAAAACAAAACCAUUGAAUAUGCGUUUUAGGGACCGCUAAACUGCGAGACAUUAAAAUUAAAAA